AUGGAAAACACAACAUCCUUUAAAGAAUUUUACAUUUUAGCUUUUUCUACUAUUUCUCAAAAGAAACCUGUGAUUUUUGUUGUAUUUUUAUUCCUCUAUAAUAUUGGAGUUUUCUGGAAUUUACUUAUCAUUCUAGCAAUUUUAAAGGAUUCUCACCUCCAUACACCCAUGUACCUUUUCCUCUGCAAUCUUUCUCUUGUAGAUAUCUGUUACCCGUCAGUCACACUCCCUAAACUAAUGCAUAUUUUACUUACUGGAAUGAAUUCUAUAUCAGUCAUGUGCUGUUUUGCCCAGAUGUUCUUUUUCAUAUUCAUGGGUGGCACAGAAAUUAUGUUGUUGUCUUCCAUGGCAUACGAUCGUUACAUAGCAAUUUGUGACCCUUUACAUUACAACACUGUUAUGGAUAGGAACAAAUGUGGUAUUUUGUUGGGAGUAACCUGGAUAUCUGGGUUUGGGAAUGCAGCUUUUAUUAUUUUACUUGCAUCAAAGCUACAGUUUUGUCGUUCAAAUAAAAUCCACCAGUUCUUCUGUGACGUCAAAGCCCUUUCUACAAUUUCAUGUAGUGGCAUAGGUUUUCAAAUGCUAAUCUUCAUAGAAGCUAUUUUAUAUGGAUUUUUUCCAUUCUUGCUCAGUUUACUAUCUUAUAUAAAGAUUAUUUCAGUUAUUCUAAAAAUACGAUCUGUGGAAGGUAGAAAAAAGGCCUUCUCUACUUGUUCGUCUCACCUUUCUGUGAUCAUGCUUUACUAUGCGACCAUUUUAUGCAUGUACAUGAGGUCACCUUCAGAGUACUCUGAUGCAAUGGAUCACAUAUUCUCUGUAUUGUACUCAUCUGUGACUCCCAUGUUAAACCCGCUGAUUUAUAGUCUACGGAAUAAAGAUGUAAAGAAUGCUAUGAAGCAAAUGUGGACAGUAUCAAAACAAUGA